AUGGCGCUCAGGGCGAAGUCGCACACGGACCUGGAGAUGACCGGCAGGUCCUCGUUCGACGACGGCGUGUACAAAUCUCUCUCCAUGAGCAGCAGCAACCUGAACAGAAGCAGCCGGUUGGGGAACGGGGUGAUCGAGGAGGUGAAGGUCCUGUCGAGGCCGUGCAGGAGGCCGGUGCGGGCGGUGCGGCCGGUCAGCGCCGUCACCUCCAGCAGCUCCUUCCUACAGAUCAACCAUCUGCAAGGAGAGCUGGUCAGGAAGAGGAAGGAAUGUGAAGACCUGAAGAAAGAAAACAAGUACUUAUCCAACGAGAUCCACAUGGAGCGGAUCGUCAUGCGCACGGAGAACGAGCUGACCAUGAGAAACCUGAGGAAUCUGAACCAGGAGCUGCAGGCUCAGGUCAAAGAGCUGAAGCAGAGGCUGUAUCAGAGCCAGCAGAGAGCCGCUUUGUGCACGAGGGCCGCGGACGAGGCCGAGGCGUCCCGAGGGGAGGCGGAGAAGAGCCGGGCGCUGGCCGAGGCCCGGGCCCUCGGCUCCACCAGGGAGAGGGAGGCGGCCGAGGCCGACAGGGGGCGCAUGAGCGAGGAGCUGAGGCUCUUCAAGAAGGAGCACACAGAUCUGCAGCUUUUACAGGCACAAACGGAGAAGAACUACUUCGAAGCCAAGCUGAGGCUGGACCGGGUGAGCGGGGAGAAACAGGCCCUGCAGCAGGAGAAGCGCAGCCUGGAGGCCGACAGAGACGACCUGCGACACAAGCUGAGGCAAAUCACGCAGGAAAACGUCCAGAUUAAAGAGAGUGAGAUGGACUUGAGGCGCAGGGCGGCGGCGCUGGACGAGGAGAGCAGGAAAGCCCAGCAGGGUCAGCGCGAGGCGGAGGCCGAGAGGCGGCAGGUGGAGAAGGAGAGGCAGGAGAGGGCGGCCGAGUGUCUGAGCUGGAGGGAGAGGCACCGGGAGCUGGCCGACAGGCUGCGGGCCGAGGACGACCUGAGAGCUCUGAGGCAGAACAAAGCAUGUCAGGCCAACAUCAAGAGCUACUUCCUGUGCAUGACGGAGAGCGACCAGAGGGUCAAAAUCCUCAAAAACCCAGACGGCUCUCCAAGGAACUUCACGGAGGGAGACCCGGUCUACAUCUCCACCCCAGAAUCCAGUCCUGAGGAGACCGAGAGGAGCUCCUCCAGGACCAUGUUGAGAGUCUCCGCCCCGCACACAGGCAGAGAUCAGGGGCCCAGUCACUUCGACGAGCUGCCCGCCUUCGGAGGAGAGCGACCCGACUCGGCGCCCACACGCAGGAGCAGGAAGGUGGUGGAAUACUUCUGGAUUCCCACCGACCAGGAGUGA